UGGGCGCCGGCGGAGGUCGACGUCCGGGCGGGCAGCCGGCAGUGGGCGUCGCUGCUGCUGCUGCUGCCGCUGCUGCUGCUGCUGCAGUAGUUGCUGCCGCUGCUGCUGCCUCCGCGUCAUGGAGUGCACGGCCGUGGCAGUCUGCGAGAUUUUGAAAUAUUUAAUAAUUCACUGGAAGUGUGAAACAGGAACAUCAAAGGGAGCAUUGCUAGAAGGACAGCUAGUGAUUUCCAUGGAAGCAUUAAAUUCUAAGCAUCAGGCAAAUACUCUUCACUGUGUAACAACUAUUGCUUCUGCAGGAAGCAUUUAUGGUGGUUUGGUUCUCAAGAAGUUCCUAAAAGAAAUACAAUCUAUACUGCCCGGAUUCUCUGCAAAACUGAAUUGGACUUCAGAGGAAGCCAGCUGUUCUCAGGACAUAUCAGGGGUAACACCAUUCCAGAUGAUUUUUGAGGUUGAUGAAAAGCCCAGAACUUUGAUGACAGAUAGUUUGGUGAUAAAGAAUUUUUUACAUAAAAUUGUCAUGGUACACCCUAAGAUUAAAUUUAAUUUCACUGUAAAGGUGAAUGGAGUCCUUUCCAUGGAAGUCUUUGGGACAAAGAAUGAACCCACUUUGAACCUAUCGAAUGGAAUUGCUCUUGUUAUAAAUUGUCAGCAUUAUGUGAGGAGACCACGAUUUGGUACAGCUGAAUUACUCUGCAGCCGAAUCCGCCCUGUCCUCGGACCUCCAGUAGUGCUCUGCAUCCCCGGUGACAUGGCUGGCCCGGGCUUGUCGGGAGAGCUGACACUGACUCCAGCCGCUGCUCUGUGUCCCUGCCCAAAGGUCUUUUCCAACCAGCUGAAUAGGAUUUCUUCGGUUUCCAUAUUUCUAUAUGGACCUUCAGGUCUGCCCCUGAUAUUGCCAAGUCAGGAGCCACCAACUACUACUGUCUUCAAAGAUACCUCUUAUUUCAUUGACUGGAAGAAAUACCACUUGUGUAUGGUGCCCAAUUUGGAUCUCAGUUUGGAUAGAGAUUUGGUGCUUCCAGAUGUGAGUUAUCAGGUGGAAUCCAGUGAGGGAGAUCAGUCUCAGAAUAUGGACUUCCAGGGACAAACUCUGCUGCUUUUUCUCUUUGUGGAUUUUCACAGCGGAUUUCCAGUCCAGCAAACAGAACUGUGGAGAGUCCACACCUUGCUUACCACUCAUCUCAGUGCCAUCCUCACGGAGAGCCACAGCGUAGUGCAAGAUUCUGUCCAGGUUGCCGUGGACCAGGCCUUGGAACAGCAUCACCAGGCUACCAAGGAUCAUCAGAAAUUGCAGGUCUCACUCUCAGUGGCUGUGAAUUCCAUCAUGAGUAUCGUGACUGGAAGCACCAGCAGUAGCUUCCGAAACAUCUGUCUCCGUGCCCUUCAAGCAGCUGACACUCAAGAGUUUGGGACCAAACUGCAUAAAUCAUUUCAUGAGAUCACCCGGCACCGACUUCUUCCCUACUGCUCAUGUGAGAUGAAACAGCAGCUGCUUCCAGAGAAAAAUGCAGAGCAGAGCACAGAGGAUGCACAUGAGAACAGCAGCCUGGAACUCCUUGCAGGGACCAGCGAGCAAGUUGAAAACAAGAGGCUCAAGAGGGGCUGCCUCCGGCAGGGCAUGGAGGAAACGCGGGCCUUCCACUCUGCCAGGACCCGGAGCCCGUCAGAGGCCGCCGCGUGCCGCACGAAGCCCACAGGGGCCUCCCCGACGCCUGGCGGGAGCAGGGGGAGCCCCGGGGACAGCCUGGAGGACUCGCUCUGGCAGCAGGAGGUCUCCAAUCUAUCCGAGUGGCUGAGUCCCGGCCCUGAGCCCUAAGCUGGGGAUUCCCACCCCCCGGCACGCCCCGUGCUUCCACGCCUCCCCAGCAGCUGUUGGCGCCGCGUGCUGUCUCUCGUUCAAUAAACUUGCUCUGCGCGCGCCGCCUCUGUUUCAGUGUUGGGGGGCGGGGUCAGGGCGGGGCGCCCGCGCUG